UAUUUGGCGGAAUGAAAACAAAUCUCAUUAUUUUGUACAACAUGAAAUGGUGUACAGAUGAAACUCGUAGUCUGGUGAGAGAGUAAGGUUAGGUACGAAGGUAUGUUCGGGUAUUUGAUGCUCGCACGUUUCCGCCUCACUGUGAGGUUAACAAUAGACGGUCAAGUACUUUAAUUGGUUGAAGUGGAGGCACGAGCUCUACCUCCCUACCGAGUGUUCAAUUAGAUGCGAUAUUUUGGCGCGAAAAAAGGAUGUGUAAUGAGAGGAAGAGGCACAGAAGGUAAUGUGCCUGACAAGAAGAUCCCAAAAGUCGAGAAUCAUAGUGUCCAUCGUUGUAAAAUGAUUUGAGUUUUGGAACAGAAUGCUGGGAAAAUGCGACUAGUGUACAGGUGCUAGUGCACGAAGGCAGACGGCCGGCCAAUUAGAUUCUUUAAAAAGUGAGAGGAAUCUAGACAGGUAGACUUCAGCCAUAAACAGUUCCUCCCGUCUGCAUACCAAGCGGCCGUGUUGGUGGUCUGCGUGUGAUUAACUACCUGUGGCUUGUGGGCCUUUCGUCUGGCGCAUCAAAAUGGCUGACUGUGAGUGUAAGUGCUUCAGAGGACCAGGUAGCUGGUUACGACAAAGCUUUGGAACAACGAUCUCAAAGAAAGGGCUAACUAUUGUGUUUGCAGUCAUCUUAUUUACUGAAUUAGCCUUUGCGACGACACCGUUUUACGUCGACAACGGCUUGCAGCAAACAAUAAUUCUGGACAAACUACCUCGGAGGGACAAACGUGAAAUUCAGCAAGAAAUUUUAACCCUUCUCGGCCUGCAUCAUCGGCCCAAACCAACCCCCCACAACAGUGUGGAGUCUGCCCCUAAAUUCAUGCUGGAUUUAUACGAAACGCUGCAAAAAACAGACGAUGAUCCACAGGAGCAAAGUAGUGAACUUUUCCUUGCUACUGUCAACAACAGCACCACAACUGCCCUAGACCUGGACUCCCAGACAGUGGAGGGCUCCGACGUUAUCAUGAGUUUUGUGAACCACGAGCAUCAGUCGCGUGGUUGCCGAGAGAGAAGCGCAGGUGGAAAGCACGGAUACGCAGCGCUUUGCCGCAGAUCAGCUACGAGAAUUCCUUAUCUACGGCAUGAACAUGACCAGUCCUUUUUCUUCGACUUCGGUGAAGUGUCACCAGGGGAAAUGGUGAAUGGUGCAGAGCUGCGAAUUUAUAAGCAAAGUUCAGAAAAGUGGGCAAAAUCAGAGUUCUCCGUUGAGGUUUUCCGUAUUCGACAAGGACAAGACCCAGAAGAAAAGUUCCUUGAGGCUGAAGCCAAUGUCACUGUGCGAGGGGAUGAAGAAGGCUGGCUAAAGUUUAAUGUUACUCGAGCUGCAGAUGUUUGGACACUGUUUCCUUCAUCAAACUUAGGACUAUACAUGAGAGUAACCAAUGCAAAGGGUCAUGAGAAAAAGCCAUCCAAGAUUGGAAUCGUGGGAAAGGAUGGGCCAGCUGACAAGCAGGCUUUCCUUGUCGGCUUUUUCCGGAUGUCAAAUGACCUUCAUAUUCGCCGCACACGUUCCACUCGGCGCCGACAGGCAGAAGAAGUUUCUUACAACGAUGAUCCUUACUCAAGCUUUGGCAGAAAUGGUAGAAAUGUUAAUGCAUACCCUCAGUAUCGUCAACAGUCCUGUCAAAGACGUACACUUUAUGUCAGUUUUCGUGAUCUAGGCUGGCAGGAUUGGAUUAUUGCCCCUGAUGGCUACUCGGCGUUCUACUGUAACGGAGAGUGUUCCUUCCCUUUGGGCGCCCAUAUGAACGCCACCAACCAUGCCAUUGUUCAAACACUUGUUCAUCUUCUUGAUCCUUACCUAGUUCCAAAACCAUGCUGCACCCCUACAAAGCUGUCAGCCAUAUCUGUUCUAUACUUUGACCACAACUCCAAUGUAGUCUUGAAGCGAUAUCGGGACAUGAUAGUAAGGGCAUGUGGCUGCCACUGAAUUGGUGUUUCUGUUCAGCAUUAAUGUGCUAUUAGGAACCUUGUGGCAAUUUGGCGAUGUGUAUAAAUUCAAUGUACUUAAAUUUAAUGGCACAAAACUGAGAACAGUACUCACUGACCCCAUUCAAGCAAGGAUUGCUGCUCCAAUCUUUCAAUGGUCAUUUCAUUAAGGCAGAAUAAUGCGGACAGAAAUUAAUCUGUUAUUUAUGUGAAAUACUUAAAAUUUCCAGCUAUGCAUUUGUUUUGUUACUUGAAACAAAAUUUGGUUCUGGCCGCUUUUUUUGUGGAUUAUUAUUAAUGUGACGUUUGUGAAGUCAUUUUUAAGAAUGACUUGCUUUUAAGAAUUUGUGUGCUAUUUUAAUCUCUUCAAUUUGCAGAUUUCUUGUUAAUUGGUGCAUUUAUUAAAUGCAAUUUCAGACUGGUGAUAACGUUGUAGAUGAAUCAAAUUGUUUUAAAAGAAUUCUGUUGAGGCUUGAUGUGUCUUAAUAAGAUUUUUAAGAUUUGUGUAACAUUUUAAUGAGAGAAUAGUCAGUUUUACUGAAUAAGCUGUAUCGUGAUACAGAUAGUAGCAGAUGUUGUCUCCAAAUAAUGAACAAUAAGAAUUUUAUAUUGUGAAAAUAUAGAAUCUUGUUGAAUUUUAGUAGUUUAUAGUUUAUAUUCCAUGUGCUCUCUUGAUUUUUUUUUAAAUUUUUCUUUUUCUUUGUUUUACUCUAUGCUUUGCUUGCAGUGUCUGUCUCAUGUGCAUGAUGCACUUCUUAGUUUACAUGUAAUUAAAGUGAACAAGUCAGAACGUGCGUGCAACCCAUUUUUACCCUUGUACGGUUGCUUCACUGUCCUAUUUUGUUGAAAACCAUGACCUGAGAUAUUACGUUUCCGCUAGUUUUGGGAUUACUUUCUGUGUGGUGGUUAUGUGUCUUGAAUGCGAUGUGUUGGUGCCUUUUGGUAGAAUCUUGAUGGUAAUACCUUGUCUUCACAUGUGCACACACUUCUGUGUUUAGUGUAUGUGUGUGGUUGGUUGGGGGGGCCAUCUAUGUGUAUGCUACUGUAUGUAUCACUUAAUUCAUCACAUAUGUCAUGUUGAAGCCUUAUUCUGGUCCAGUGGUGCAACAGUUAAUGACUGUCACCAUUAUAGUGAGGAUUAGCUGUUCAACAUUCAGAUCUCAUCUCGAACAUGCUGUUCUUUCUCUGCAUGUGGUAUCUGUUUACAGGGUCAGCUGCUUUGCCGUGCUAUAGCUGUAGUUGCUAACUUGGCAUAAAAACACUAAAUCCCUUCAGCCCUUAAAACCUUAUUCCUAAGUAGGUUCUUGAUAAUAACUACUUUUUGUGUGUAUUUUACCAUUGCUGAGCCAUCGCUGUCAAAAUGCUUUCAGCGGGCAAUGAACAAAGUUUUUAUUUUCAUUAUGACAGCAAGGUCACAAACAUGGAUGCUGUUUGGCAUGGCAGGUCAACACAUUUUUUAUCUGUCAUGUUGUGCAGAAACCUUACACUAUGUCAAAAAGUGCUGUAUAUAGAUAUUUUAUAUAGAUGUAGUAAUGAAAUUCUGGAUUAAAGAUGUUGUUCAACGUG